GGUACAUACAGUCUGGGACGAUCAGGUAUCAUUGGAGCUGGGAAGUCACCGGUGAACACGUUCAUUGGUCGGUGCAAGUUGUUCCACCUGUUGAACCAGUUCAGCGGAUCAAAACAGCUUGUGUGAGGCCUAGAAGGUUUGAUCAGACAGUGUACUGACUCUAAAGCUCAGAACCCUUGGUAAAAUAAUGUGCAGUAACUGGCCUGAUACGAUGUGAUAAAGCAGUGUUUUUUUAAACAGUUACUAUGGCUCUGGCCGGUGGUGGCUCCCGGGAUGUCCGGGGGCUUUGCCGUUUGUCUCUACCUGGAUAUUUUAUUUUGCUUGUUACCCUUUUAAACAAUGCUGAGGCCACUUUUACAAACGAAUCGACUCUCCAUGGUCAGGAGGUAAAAGGUGAUUAUCGGCAUCCAGAUUCUUCCAAAAGUCACCUUUCCAGAAGUUUUACAAAUCAGGAAGAACGACUCAGUGUGUUUUCUCUGGAUUACUACCACGUGCAGAUUCCCUUUGAGAUCACCCUCUGGAUCUUAUUGGCGUCCUUAGCUAAAAUUGGGUUCCAUCUGUAUCAUAAACUCGCUACAAUUGUGCCAGAGAGCUGCCUGCUGAUUAUCAUUGGGUUGUUACUUGGAGGAAUCAUCUUUGGAGCUAAAGAGAGAUCUCCUCCUGUUAUGAGCACAGAUGUAUUUUUCUUGUACUUACUGCCACCCAUAGUGCUUGAUGCUGGUUACUUUAUGCCCAGCAGGCCUUUCUUUGAUAAUAUCGGAACUAUCUUGUGGUAUGCAGUGGUCGGAACCCUCUGGAAUAUAAUUGGUAUUGCUGUGUCGUUAUAUGGAAUUUGCCAGGUGCAGGCUUUUAAUUUGAGUGACAUCACCCUCUUCCAGACCCUGUUGUUUGGAAGCCUGAUCUCUGCUGUAGACCCUGUUGCAGUUCUAGCCGUCUUUGAAGAAAUCCACGUAAAUGAACAACUUCAUAUAUUGGUGUUCGGAGAGUCGUUGCUGAAUGAUGCUGUCACUGUGGCUCUGUACCACAUAUUCAAGUCUUUCUGCCAGAUGCGUGAUAUUCUAACAGUUGAUAUCUUUGCUGGAAUUGCCCAGUUUUUCGUGGUGGGCAUUGGUGGCAUAAUAGUUGGGAUUAUUUAUGGAUUUGUUGCAGCUUUCACCACCCGCUUUACUCAGAAUGUUCGUAUAAUCGAGCCAUUGUUUGUCUUCCUGUACAGUUACCUCUGCUACCUGACAGCAGAAAUGUUCCGAUUGUCUGGAAUCAUGGCAUUGAUAGCCUGCUCAAUGAGCAUGAAGUACUAUGUGGAAGAAAAUAUUUCGAUGAAAUCUAGCACCACGAUCAAGUAUUUCAUGAAGAUGUGGAGUAGUGUCAGUGAAACUCUUAUAUUCAUCUUCCUUGGUGUAUCAACAAUUACAAAUACCCACGAAUGGAAUUGGGCAUUUGUUUGCUUCACUCUAUUGUUCUGUUUGAUUUGGCGAGCACUAGGUGUUAUUGUGCUAACGCAGAUCAUUAACAGAUUUCGGAAAUUGAUUAUCACCCGCAAGGAUCAAUUUAUCAUUGCCUAUGGAGGGCUGCGUGGGGCAAUAUGCUUCUCGCUUGUGUUCCUGCUUCCUUCUCAUAUCUUUCCUCGAAAGCAUUUGUUCAUCACAUCAACCAUUGUGGUCAUAUUCUUCACCGUGUUUAUUCAGGGAAUGACUAUUCGCCCAUUGGUUAAUUUUCUGGAUGUCAAAAAGACAAAUAAAAAACAGCCAACUGUCAGUGAAGAGAUUCACAUUCGGUUUUUUGACCAUCUGUUGGCUGGGGUUGAGGAUAUCUGUGGACAGUGGAGCCACUACUACUGGAGAGACAAGGCCAAGAAAUUCAAUCGUAACUAUUUGUCAAAGCUUUUGAUCAGAGAUAAAGGGCCAACGUCUGGUAUUGUUGCUCUUUAUAAGAAGCUGGAAUUGAAACAGGCGAUUGAAUUGGCUGAAUCUGGACAACUCAGUAAAGUGUCAUCAUCUGCUUCCCUGCUAAAUAAGAAACCACAAAAAGUAAACAAUGUCACCCCUGAUGAGCUGAAGAAAAUCAAAGAUAUCUUGGCUAAAAAUUUAUAUCAGAUAAGACAGAGGACACCAUCAUACAACAGGCACAGUCUGCCAAGAGACACCAAUGAGAAUCAGGUUAAAGAAAUCCUAAUACGACGACACGGGAGUCUACGGGAAAGUAUGCGGAAAACAACAAGAGCCAAACAGUCGGGUGCUGUAAAGAAUAGUCCAUUUUCACAGCCUCAAAAUGCCAGGACUACUACUCGGCCCAGAAAAAGAAACGUUGCUUUCACAGUGGGAGAAGACAGCAAUUUAGAAACUGAUUCCUUGCAGUUGGAUAACCUUUCGCAAUCCAAAUUGAGACCAUCACCUCGUCAUCAAGAGGCAUGUAGAAUGGAGUGGAAGAAUGAAGUCCACAGGGAGAAUGAUAGAAGUCAAAAGCCUAAUUCUUUUGGUUAUGAUGAUGGCGGAGUAGGCAGCGGAAAUGAUAGUAGAAGAAGACCUGCACUCAAGCCAAGGACAACAUCUGAUAAUCUGGACCUUCCUUAUAAUGAACACAGAAGAAGUAGGCAAAGAUUUGUGGAAUUUUCACCAGAUAACUGGAGAGCUGAAAGUACAUGUGAGGAAGACACUGAAGUUAAUGAUCCUUUGAUAAGAAAACCAAAGUGAUUUCACAGAAAGGUGACAUAUGUACAUCCUGUUCACCCAGACCUCCAGAAAUCAAAUCAGUUAUUUGCAUUAAGUAAUUUAACAUUAAUUAAAAGAAAUUCAUGGAGUCUUUCAGAAUUAAGUGGCCAUGGACGUUUGCUCCUAAAUUAAUCCAAAUUACUUUUUUUUAUUUUGUCAAGACCGCCUCAGUCUUUGUGUACUUGUUGACACUACUAAUUAUUCAAAUAGCGUAGGAUGCUUUGCAAGCACCAAUAAAAAUGUGGUCUGGGCAUGUCUUCACCCAUUUGGUGAGUUUUACUUUGUCGAACUGGUCCUUGUUAAUGAUUUUAAUUUUCAAAUGAAAUGUUGCUUUUUCACAAAUAAAGAAAUAAAGAUUUGAAUUUA